GUUCUCCAAAAUUUUUAGUCUUUCUUCCCAAAUUACACCUCUUCAGGAUCCCUCUCUCUCCUGAAUUUAUAAAUCCCUAAUCCUAAAAAACCCUCUUUUUAUUCUUUUCUCAAAACCCUCGCUUUCGAUCUCUCCUCUCGUUCUCUUUCUCUCUUAGGUCCUGUGGUUAUUUCUCUGAACUACAAAUAUCAAGUGACCUUCAAACAAGAUGGUUAAAGUUGCUAUUUCACAUCAAUAACAUGUUUGUCUACUAUGUUGUUUCUUUUUUGUAACUUGAAGAUACAAUACUGAAUUUAUAAAGAGAUGGCAGCUAGUAGCAAAUUUGACCUACCAUCAGACAGCCCUGAUGGGUCUACUUACAUGAAUGGUCCACGCAGUUCUCACGGAGCUGCUUCAUUGGAGAGGGUGGGAAGCUUUCGUGAGGGUUCAGAGAAUCGAGUAUCAUCCUCACUUCCAAGCAUGUCUAGGUCUGGUUCAACAAUAUCACAAGGUGACACAAACAAUCUAGUUCAGUCUCUUCUUUCAGAUUUAAAACCAGUGGUUUUGGAGCCAAGGUUACCUAGAGCAGGAGAGCUAAAAAGAGGUAUUAGUUCCAUUCUUGGUGUCUCUCCUGAAGAUUCUGUUCAUGCUUCAGUCAACACAAAGCCUUUGCCUUCUUCAUCGGUGGAGGAACUCAAACGUGUGAAGGGUAAUCUGAAUGAGAGUUUUUUCAAGGCGAGGGAACGAGUGAAAGCGUUUAGUGAUGCAGUUUGCAAAAUUGAUAAUUAUCAGCAUACACAGUCGAAAAAGCGUUCUCGAGCUGCUAUUUCAUCAAAUGAUCGCUCCAAUGCAUUGUUUUCUAGUGCUAGUAUGGUCAAGGUGGCCCCUCAGAGUCAUAUGAGUCCCAAUAUAGGUUCUCAGAAAAUAGAAGAGAAGGUCAAACCCACUGUACCAAACAGGAGAGCUCGAACAUCUAUGGUGGAAGGAAGGAUGGACGUUCGGGCUAAUGCUAUUUCUAGACCAUCUGGCCUUCCUGAUACGGGCAGAGAGAUGUUCAAAUUUGUAAAUAGUGGUCCAGCAACAUCAGAAGAAAAAGGUCGGGCAUUAACAUCCGAGGCUGAUGAAUCCGAGAAACCAAGGUUAAAGAAGAAACGCUCUGUGAUUAAAUCAGAUGGCUCUGGAAGUGCUGUUAUGGCUAGAGCACUUGAUAGUGAUAGGGAGACCAAACGGGUAAUGCAACCAAAAGUUGGUACUGAUGUACGGCCGAGACUAAAUAAUACCCAUGGUUUCAGGUCUGGACCUGCAUCUGGAAGCAUUAGAAUUGGAAAGCCCGAUCUAACUUCCCAACAAAAUAAUCUUGGGAUGAGGCCUUCACCUAGAAGUGACCAAGACAACAGCUCACUGCCUAAUGACAGAAGAGAUCGUCUAAUUGGUUUAGAUAAGGAAGGUGCCACUCUCAAAGUUGGUAACAAGCAAAAUAGCAGUGAAGAAAACACAACUGGCAGUUUAUUAACAAGGUUAAACACAUCUGUUCGGGCUCCCAGAUCAAACUCAGGUUCUCUGUCAAGGGCAUCCCCAAAUCCUCAUCGAGUGCUAGCAAAUCCUGAUGACUGGGAGCAGGCACAGUUUACAAGUAAGGUCAAUGGUUUUGGCGGGGUUGUUAAUCGUAAAUCCUCAUCAUCUCAAUCAGCAGCGUCACCUACACUUCCAUCUUUCGGACAAAGGCCUCAAAAGAUUGCACGUGUUGCAAGAAGAUCAAAUUUACCUCUAGUUUUAAAUCACGACGAAUUGGCCAUAUCUGAUACACUAGAAAAUUCAUCCAUUAAGGAAGAUGGGCUUGGGGUUGCAAGGCAUUUGUCUUCAAAUACUUCUCAAGUUAAAUUAAAAAUUGAUCACAUACAACAGGCUACUCUUUUGGAAAAUGAGGAGGCUGGUGUCACUGAAAGCAAGUCAAAGGAUAAAGUUAAAAAAUGUAAUGAGAUAGAGGAAAAAACUACACCAUCUUUGCAGAAGGUUGCAUCUCUGAUUUUGCCCACAAGAAAGAACAAGGUGCCUGUUGAAGAUGAUAUUGGAGAUGGCAAUCGAAGGCCAGGACGGGUUGGAAGAGGCUGUGCUCCUGCAUCUUCUGCCUUGCCUGCCGCAUUCGAGAAACUAGAUAAUAAUUCCACUUUAAAACAAACAAGAAGUGCAAGAAUUAGUUCUGAAAAAAUUGAAAGCAGACUAGGUCGUCCCCCUUUCAAGAAAUCAUCUGAGCGCAAGUGCCAUACCCGUCUAAAGCAUUCAGUGAACAAUGCAUGCUUAGAUGCUGUUGGAGAAUCAGAUGAUGACCAUGAAGAGCUUUUGGCUGCAGCAAAUGCGGCCUUGAAUGCAAAGCGUGCUUGCCCCAACUCUUUCUGGAAGCAAUGUGAGCCCAUCUUUGGUUUAUUCUCUGUGGAAGAUAUAACAUAUUUGGCACAGCAGAUCCAGCCUGUAGAUGAUGAGAUUUCUGCUAGUAGGUCCAGUAUGUAUGUGGAAAAUAGUGGGCAGAGCCUGAAGGAUGAUUGUGGACACAUUUCACUGCCAUCAAAAUCUGCCCUUGGGUGUUUGGAUGAUCCUGUUUCUAUGUCAAAUGGAAGUAUCUUGACUUCAGGCGAAAGCAACAUAAAAAUCAACAGUGAAAUAAAACGAGAUGAGCCUUUAUUGGAGCAGUUAGUAAGUGGAAAAGGCAUUCAAAGUGGCAUUUCAAUUUGCCAAGCUCUUCUUUCAGCUAUUAUUGAAGAUGAAGAUGUUGAAAAUUUCUACUGUGACACUAGUACAUCAGAGGAAUACUCUUACUCAGAUGCUUAUGGAUAUCGAUCUGAGGUUCGCAAUUGGAUGUUCCAUGAGGAACCACCACAAGACAAAUUGGAAAGUAGUAAUGGCUUGCAAGACACAGGACCCAGAUCCAGGCUUGGAAAUUCACUUGAUGAUUUUUUCCCCUGUGGCACAGUGUCCCCUGACAUUGCAUGCACUGAAUUCCAGUAUAACCGGAUGAGCAUCAAUGAUAGGAUUCUUCUGGAACUGAGUGAAAUUGGUCUCCACCCAGAGCCAGUGCCUGAUUUGGCUCAAAGUGAAGAAGAAGAUAUUGGUGAUGACAUUACUAAAUUAGAAGAGGCUUCAGUUCGGAAGAAGAAAAGCUUAUUACUCAAUCUAGAGAAGCUUGUGAUGGAGGCAAGAGGAGAUCAAGAAAGGAAACUUGAGCGUCUUGCGCUGGACAAACUUGUUGGGCUGGUGUAUGACAAAUAUAUGGCUUGUUUUGGUCCACAUGCUUCUGGUGGUAAACAUGUGAAUAAAAAUACGAAGCUUGCCACGAUGGCCCUGGUUAAAAGGACCUUAGCUAGAUGUCAGAAAUUUGAGAAGACAGGGAUUAGCUGCUUUGAUAAGCCUGCUUUUAAGGACAUGUUUCUCUCUAUAUCUUCUCACAAUGCUGACAUGGAAAGUAUGGACAUUGCCAUGGAUGGUGAGGCCGCCAAGAGUUUUGCUUCAGCUCAACACUCACAAAGAACUACGGAUAUUGGCACUUGUCUGGCCUCACAACCAGUGCAAGGGAUGAAUAUGCUUGAUAAGAGUUGUAACACUCUCCAACCUAUCAACCAAUCAUCAGAACAGGAAUACGGUAAAGAUGAGCCAUGGUUGAGCAGAGUGAAGAGGAGGGAAGUAUUACUUGAGGAUGUAGUUGGUGGUAGUAGUAGCAACACUAUACGACCCCCCACGGGCCUAGAAAGUUCUCUUGCAAGGGGUACAAAAGGGAAAAGGAGUGGAAGGGAUAGAGGAGGGAAGGGGAGCAAUAAGGACCCGGCAUCUAGAACUGGUACACUUAAGGCACGACCGUCUUUAUCUAAUGUCAAGGGUGAAAGGAAGACCAAGGCCAAGCCGAAACAGAGAACUACACAGUUAUCGGCUUCUGUCAAUGGUCUCCUUUCCAGGAAUACAGAGCAACAACCUGAUACACUAUUAUCUUCUUCCGGCCACAAAUCACAAGGAAAAUUAGAUGAGAGUACUUCGCUUUCGGAUUCUGUCGGAAUUCAGAAAACAUCUGAUGAUGUCGAGGCUAUUGAGCUGGGCCAUUUGCAAAUACCUGAAUUAGAUGUUGACGAUUUCACUGGUCAAGGACAGGAUCUAAGUUCAUGGUUGAACAUUACGGAUGAUGACGCAAUGCAAGACUUCGAUUGUAUGGGGCUGGAAAUUCCUAUGGAUGACCUUUCAGAUGUUAAGUUGAUGAUAUAAAUGCCGUUGCUCGUGUUCGAUUUUUUGUAGCAUACACUGAAGAAAGUAUACCCAAUGUUGCAGUCCGAGUCCGAGUAAUUUCUCGCUAUAUUUAUCCGUCUUCCGGCUUUUGAGAAGUUAAUAGGGAUCAAAUCUCUGUGCUCUCUGUUUUUCUUGUAAUUUUGUUCAUGUGGCCACUGCUUGCAGAAAUCUUUGUUUCUUGUUUUUCUUUCUUUCUUUUUUUUUUUUAAUCUUUUUGGCAAACAAGGUGGUGGUGUAAAUGUUUGGUCAUGCAAGAGCUUUGUAAAUACUUGAUGCUGAUUGACAUUAUCUCAAUCAGUGAGUGUGGUUGUGACAAUUGUAUAUACAUUUUUGUCUCAAAUAAAAUGAAAUGAUAUUUAUCUUAU